AUGAGUGUUGUUCCAUAUGCAUAUGAAUGUUAUAAGUCUAGCGUACUUCAAUAUAAAGAAUAUACUCUCAGAAUUACUGAUAAUGCUUUAGUCAUACAUAAAGAAGGUGCUGAUGAAGACAUUACCAUCGGUCCUGGUAUAUUACCUAUCGAGCAACCAGAUGGUACAAUUGUUGAAACAGACUUAAAUCAAUACCUUCAAGCGUUACAGAAUCGUGUGACAAAAGUAGAGAAUAAUUACUUAGAUGCUCCAUUCUUCACAACUGAUAGAGAUUAUAUGUUUUCAUGUAUGGCGAGUAAUGGUUUGCAAGAAACUCGUGAGGUAAAUAUUAAUGAAGCAUUAGAGACUAUAAUAUAUCAUGUUAAACGGUUAUUAUCGAUUGACCAUGGAGUUCAUUUUGACCCAAGGUCUACACUGUUCAAUAUACCAAUGA